AUGUUUACAAUGAAACCAAUGACCGGUGCAAUUAUAUCUAUGUUAAUAAUAUGUGACCGCUAUAUCAUUUCAAACGCUCGAGGAUUCUUAGACAGACCUAUAGACUCUUCUGGUACUCCUCUCGUUCCCUAUGGUAUGUUUUCCAAUGGGAACAGUGGUAAGAGUCCGUUAGUGGCGGCGACCUAUUAUUUCAAUCCCAGCUCUGCAUCCGUCUCUGCGAACAGACCGGAAGGGGUUUACGUUUCCGAUACGAACCCAUUGAAUGGAAACAGUGCUAUAAGUGGUGAUCGAACCGAUGAUAACGUUUGUUCGGCUCCCGACGGACGGAAGGGCACGUGUUAUGAGGCGUCUGAAUGUGUGCGAAGGGGAGGUAUGCCAAUGGGUCGGUGCUCUGACUCGUAUUCAGGGGGCGGCAAGAAUUCUGGUGCCGUUUGCUGUUUAUUCGAUGUCUCUUGUGGUGAAACCGCUGCCGAAAAGUUUAUUUAUUUCCGAAAUCCCGGGUUUCCCGAAACGUACGACAAAUCACGCAUUUGUCGCACAAAAAUAGGCAAAAUAUCGCCAGACAUUUGCCAAUUAAAGCUUGAAUUUCGUACAUUUGAUAUUGGUAAACCGACCGAGGGCAACUGCUCUCAGGAUAUUUUCACCAUUUCAGGUCAAAAUGAAAAUCAUAUCAUUCCCAAGAUUUGUGGCCUCAAUAACGGACAGCACUACUAUAUCGGUGUUGACGAGUCAGGAGUAGUUAGUCUUCACCUAAUGAUGUUGGGCUCAUACCGCCGGCGCUUUGAUGUACUCAUCACUCAAAUCCCCUGUCAAUCAGAAAAUUCAGCUCCACCACAUUGUCUGCAAUACUAUUCUGGAACUCAUGGAGUGAUGAAAAGUUUUAAUUACGAUUACUCUGAGGACGAGUUGAGCAGCGAUAGGAACGAAGGCUAUCCCAAUGAUGUCGAUUACAUGAUGUGCAUUAGAAAAGAGCCCGGAUUUUGUUCAAUCACUUACGAACUGUCCAGCGAUGCCGACGGGACCCUACCCUUUGCCAUUGGGUCAGGCGCUGAGCACAUCACCGGCUUCUCAGCCCAGUGGCCAGUAGUGGCCGAGUGUCGGGACGACUUCAUUGUAAUCGGAGGAAUGCGUUUGUGUUCAGGUGUCGGCAAAUUAAAUGUCGAAAACACAGAACUGGCAGACAAUGGACUCCAGAAGUUAACGAACCGACAGGAGAACGGUUUCGGUAACGCGAGUUCAGUGCACCGGACAGUCAUGACCGACACAACUCCCGGUCCCUUUCAGAUCAGGUUUGUAUCGAAUAACGCAAAGAAUGCCAGAGGUUUUCACAUCGGGUAUCGACAGAAUCCCUGCAAAUAA